AUGUUAAAAAGGAGGAUUGAUGAUCCAUCCUACUGUUUUGAGGAAAGUUCUCAGAAAAGUGUAGAAAAAGUGGGAAGCUUCAAAUCAAGAAGGCUUUUUGAAAAUGAAAGUCCAUCCAUAAUUGUGCCAAGAUUUCAAAAAGGCCUAAUUAUUUCAACGUUUGAGAAAGAUUUAGUUGCCUGCGCCAGUUUACCUGUCACCAAGCAAUUAAAAGAGUACGAAAUUCUUGUUCAAAACGAAUAUGUUGGCUUGAACCAUGUGGAUUGGAAGUCCAAAAAGUACAGGUUCAAUAUAUAUUCUUUUCCAUGGGUUAAUGGCCGAGAGUGCAGUGGAAUUGUGAUUAAACAAGGCCCCAAGGUGGACAAAAAAAAAUUCCCGAUUUUUUCAGAAGUAUUCUUGGCCAGCACAUCUUACCGAGACCUGAAAACUUCAACUUUUCAAGAGUACACGGUUUUUGAUUCCCGGUUGGUUUGGAGAAUUCCACAGCAUAAACUGCCCAUUGGUUUAGUUCAAAAUAAAUUUGGUCUUGAAUUCGCCGCUGGAAUUGGUGUGGCACUAGUGACAGCUGGUUCAGCAAUCUCCACUAUUGUAGAUUUGACAGUAGAGGUACAAAAAAAUAACGACAAAGCGCAAAACAUUGCAAUAUGGGGUGGUAGCUCUUCUGUAGGACUUUAUGUCAUACAAUUGGCCAAAGCCUGCAAAAAAUUCGACAAAAUUGUUAUUAUAUCUUCAAGCAAACACAAAGAUUAUCUAAAAGAGCUAGGCGCAACCCAUGUGAUAGAUCGUUUUCAACCUGCAGAGAGAAUCUUGGAAGAGAUUGCGGAUCUUUGUCCGGAAGGUGUCAAUUAUGGAAUUGAUGUGAUAUCCAAAGAAACAGCCACUGUAUUGUCCAAAAUAUUGGAACACGGUAACACCGAAACCAAGAAGCUAGUUUGCAUUGUUGGACUCCCCGAGGGUACAACUGAGUGUGUGAGAAAAAAUUUAAAAACAAAGUUAAUAAUUGAAACUGUAAAUAUAAAGAAGUUUCAUGAAGAUAUUAGAUUUGGUUCUUGGUUCGUUAGUUAUACUUCCAAGCUUUUUGAAACUGAUCAGUUAAAGCCUAUAAAAUCCUUGAAAGUUUUUAAAUCACUUGGCAGCUUUGGCGAAGGUAUAAUGAAUGGUCUGAAAGAAUUGGAAGAUAAAGGGGCAAGUGCUGAGAAGUUUGUUGCAAGUUUAUAG